AUGCAAAGCUCUCCCUCGCUACCACUCGCCGUCAUUCCGGACCUCCUACCGCCUCCUCGUCUCGUAUCUACAUGCGCCGCGGUGACUGUAGGUCUGGCUUCGGCAGCCAUCGACUUCCAUGCAUAUACGCAGUCCCAGCGAUCACGCAGACGCCCGCGCCCGCGGCAAGGUGGCCAUCGCAUAACGAAGCAAUACUUGAGAAGCCUGUCUGAUGAGGACUGCCUAUGGCGCUUCAGGUUUACUGCCGCCGACUUAAUCAUCGUGGUAGACGCUUUGAAGAUCCCCCCGUCCUUCACCACUCGCUCCCAUCAUCGCUUCACGGGUCUCGAAGCUUUCGCCCUCACACUCGCGCGCUUUCGGUCAGAGGGGGAACUGGACAACCUCUCCAUCCUCUACGAUCGAUCGCAUUCAGCCCUUUCGGAGGCGGUGAACUACAUCGUCGAAUACGUCGAUCGAAGAUGGCACCACCUACUGGACUUCGAUUCGAAUGGGCUUCUGCAUCCGACGCGCCUUGAAGCCUAUGCGCGCGCCAUUCAUCGACACGGGGCACCGCUCUGGGGGGUCUGGGGUUUCAUUGACUGUACUAUUCGUCGUAUCGCCCGCCCCUCUUGGUAUCAGCGCGUCGCAUAUAACGGCUACAAGAAGUUCCACGCCCUGAAGUAUCAGGCAAUCAUGCUACAGUUGAAUUUCCUUUAA